CCCUUGCAUUUGAAGAUUAAAGUAAUCUCAAAAGUGGGCAAGCAAGGUAGAAGAGAAAAAGUGAAAGUGUUGUAAGAUUUGGCAAAGAAAGAAAAGAAUAGUAUAGGUAUGAUGUCAAGUGGUUCACGACAGUCGGGAAAUUAUUAUUGUGUAAGAAGUUGUUUAAUGGGAAUUGGAAUUGCAUUAACAGUUUCAAUAUUUGGUCCAGCUUUAUACUGGAAGGUAAACAAGGGUACCAAAUUGGGACAUCAUACAUCCUCUAAUUGUCCUCCUUGUAUCUGUGACUGUCCACCUCCUUUAUCCAUUCUUAAAAUUGUUCCUGGUCUGGCCAAUCUUUCAACCGAAGAUUGUGGUAAAAGUGAUCCGGAGCUCCAACAAGAGAUGGAAAAGCAGUAUGCAGAGCUUCUAAUGGAGGAGCUGAAGCUGCAAGAAGUUGUUGCGCAAGAGCAUAUUCGUCAUAUGAAUGCAACAUACCGAGAGGCACGAAGAGUGGCUUCUCAAUAUCAACGUGAAGCUGAAAAAUGCACUAUUGCUAUCGAAACUUGCGAAGAAGCUCGAGAAAAUGCCGAGGCACUCAUACUUCGAGAGAUGAAACUUGCACUCUUGUGGCAACAACGAGCUCAUAAAAUGGGGUGGCAAGGAGAAUAACUUUACUAUUUACUUUUCCUGAUCAAAUACAAUUAUAUGUUUAACUACCUCAGCUCAACAAAUAAAGCUUUAUCAUCUCAUAUACUAUAAUACCAUGUACAGUACAUCAUAAGCCAUCAAGGCUUUUGUAAACCAAACUAAAUUUGGCAAACCGAGAGUAUUAUAUAUAGACAAUAUUAGACAUAUAGUAUUAGCUUUUAUCAAAGGAUACUUGCUUAACUUUCUUUAAUUAUAAGUUUCAUUAUUUAAUGUUUGGUCAUAAAGUAAAAUAAACUAUUUUUCUCUUCUAAGGUAGAGGAGUGAGGGAAAUGAGAUAAAAAAAAAAAAAAAAAAAAAAA